CUACGUUGGCUUGAGAAUGGGAACGUUUCCCUUCUCGCCAACUUUGGUAAGAAAUGAAAUUACCCCCCCCCCCACCAGCGGUUUCUGGUUGGUCUUGUCCCCCCCACCCCCCGCAUCCGGCCGCGUCCCUCGCUGGGGGGUGGGGUGGGGGGGCCCUCGCUUCCGCUGCACCGAGUGGGUCUUAAAGAAGCGGUGGUCAGUCCGGGCAUUCUUGUCUGACCUUUAACCUUGGCGGGGGUGGGGGGAGCAGGGAACGCCAUUCUCGGGCACGCGACCGGCCAGUACGCGCGCGGCGACCGUUGGCCCAGGUGGCGGUGUGGCCGCACUGGCGGGUGAGGACACGCCUGCGGACCUUCCGCCGGAGGGCCGGCUGCGGGCUGCGGGCUGCUGGCGAGGGCGGAGAGGGGUUGCAGAGGCGGCUGGGGCGGGUGGCUGGAGCGGGCGGGCGGGCCCGGAGCCGGGGAAGGCGGGGCUGGGCGUCCCUGGGGCUCCAGUCCAACCGCUGACUCCUUUGGGAGAUCCGUGGGCCACACCCGCCACCUGGGCAGGAGGGCUCCCGGAGUGUGGGUUCCUCUGCCGUCUGGCCGGUGGCGUGGAUCAAGCUCCAGGAGAUGCGCCCUUUGGGGGUGGUUUGGAACUUCGUCUGUAACGUUAUUCUCGUGUUGCUCUUCCAAUGUGCAUUUCCAAUGUGUUACAUAAUAAAGACGUGGUCGCUUUUAGGGGAAAUGUCUGAAAAAUUGCGAAGAUGCAGAAUGGAGCUGACUGCGGCCAUUGACCGGGCCUUUGAAGGCGUCAGUCAUUCCCAGGAGUGCUCGGGCCGGCCAAGGCUGGAGCUGGACGCCGCGCCGCUCUCCUUCCCCCUCCCCGUGCACCGGCUCCUCUGCAGGAGGCACCCGCAGGCGGCCUGUUCCUCCUCCGCGGCUCCCUUCCUUCCAGUCCCGUGCGCUCCUGAGAACGAGAGCCCAGCCUUUGCGCCCAACCAUGCCCCAGUGAAUGCAAAGCCACAGGCUUCAAGCCCGAAAAGAAAACCUCUGACCAGUAAGGAAAACGUAUUGAUGCAUUCCUCCAUUUUGGCACCGGAAAGACAGUUCUGGAGAGCCGCGGGAGACGGGGAGAACUGGAGAAAAGACAGCCUAAGGAAAGAUACGGAGAAAGAUUUGAAGGUUGACUCAAACAUGCCACUCAGCAAUUCUAGCCAAGAGGUCACAAAAGAUCUGCUUGAUAUGAUCGACCAUACGAGCAUCCGAACUAUUGAAGAGUUGGCUGGGAAACUAGAAUUUGAAAACGAGCUGAACCGUGUGUGUGGCCGCUGCGGAGAUUCGCCCUUCAGGGAGGAGGCCUGGGCCUUGCUUGUGGACGAGAGCCCUCAGAAGGGCCCGGAGAGCGACCCCGGCAGCCUCAAGCAGGCUUUUGACGAUCACAAUAUCGUGGAGACUGUGCUAGACUUGGAGGAGGACUACAAUUUAAUGAGCUCUUUCAAAUACCAGGUUGAGUAAGGACAGCUGCCUGUUGCUUUGGUUCUUUCGAGGAGCAGGCUGCCGUUCAGGCAGCGGUCAGCGUCCUGGGGGCCUCUGCCGCGUGGCUGGCAGGAUCGGAGAAUGCCACACCCUUUAACUUGCACUUGUGUCCCUUUUUGAGCUGAAAGCCCAAUUUUUUUAUUCUGUAGUUUUGAAUUGUUUCUCACUGUUGAUUUUUUUUUUUCACUUUUCUUUACAUCUAAACUGUGUUUUUGAUUGGUAUUUAAUACACCCAGUACCCAAGGCAGGUGCUGGUUGUGGCCUCU